AUGGAAACUCUAAGACAAAUACAAAGUUUUGGAAUCCGUGUUACUUGUAUGUAUCCCAUAGCAUCCGGUAUGGUGUUCGCCACUGUUCUAGUUUCUUGCUGCUCAUCUCUGAACAUAAGAGCUCGUCCACUUAUUUCUAAUUCACCAUUCCUUUCUAUCUGGAAUGCUCCUACAGAACUUUGUACUGAAAGGACUGGAGUGCAUCUGGAUAUGACAUUUUUUUCUCUCAUUGGAAGCACAUUGAAGACAUCCAUCGGGCAAAAUAUUACUCUAUUCUACCCAGACAGGCUUGGUUAUUAUCCUUACAAAAACGAAAUCACAGGAGAGGCAUUCAAUGGAGGACUCCCCCAACUCUUGCAGCUGGAGAAUCAUUUAAAAAAAGCCAAAGAGGACAUUCAGUUCUAUAUUCCUUCAGAUGAACAGUUUGGAUUGGCUGUCAUUGACUGGGAAAACUGGAGACCUGUGUGGAUAAGGAAUUGGGGAUCAAAAGACAUUUAUAGACAGGAAUCCAUUGAACUUGUUCAGCAGAGAGAUGUAAGUCUAUCAGAAGCUGAAGCCAGGACUAUAGCUAAAAUGGAAUUUGAAGCUGCAGCAAAAUCUAUUAUGUUGGAGUCUUUGAAGCUGGGCAUAGCAAUGAAACCAAAACGUCUAUGGGGAUACUACCUUUACCCAGACUGUUAUAACUAUGACUACAAACAAAACCCACAUAAUUAUACAGGAACCUGUUUGGAUAUUGAAAUAGCAAGAAAUAAUGAGCUUAAUUGGUUGUGGGAGAAAAGCACAGCACUUUAUCCAUCUGUCUAUCUAGAGACAGCCUUAAGAUCUUCCAGAAAUGCCCAACUCUUUGUUCGCAACAGAGUUCGAGAAGCCAUUAGAGUUUCGUAUGUCUCCAAUUCUACUUACCCCCUUCCAGUUUUUGUAUAUACACGACCAGUGUUCACAGAUGUCUAUGAGGAAUAUCUCUCUCAGGAUGACCUGGUAAAUACCAUUGGAGAAUCUGCUGCACUGGGUGCUUCUGGAAUUGUGAUCUGGGGCGAUAUGAAUUUAACACAAAGUAAGAACACCUGUAAGACUCUGGACAACUACCUUAGGAGGACUUUGACUCCUUACCUCAUCAAUGUCACAAUGGCAGCCAGAAUCUGUAGCCAAGUAUUAUGCCAAGAUUCUGGUGCCUGUGCACGGAAAAAAUGGAAUUCCAGUGACUAUCUUCACUUGAACCCCGAGAAUAUUGUCAUUCGAAUGACAAAAGAUGGAAAAUACACUUUACAGGGGCAACCAGCAUUUCAGGAUCUACAAACAUUCAUAGAAAAAUUUGACUGCCACUGUUAUGCAGGGCACACUUGUGAACCUCGAGUUAAUAUCAAUGACAUCCAAUACCUCCAUGCUUGCAUUUCAGAAGAUAUUUGCAUUCAGAUAUCCUCAAAUUCACUUUCUAAUAUAGAAGCUUCUGAUGAAAAGAUCCUGUCUAACAGGACCGUAUUUUCACUUACCUCUCAGAGUAAGGUGACAUUAUCUACACAUCCUGAAAUAGAAGCCUUCCAACCUGACAUUGGAAAUAAUAUUCUCCAUAUAACUGCUGCAGAAUAUAACACUGUCACGGCUGCCACUAUAUAUGAUGUAGAAGCAAAUGACACUCGUACUUUCAGUAGUUCUUCACCCUAUAAAAUAAGGAUGUUUAAUCUGCUCUGUUUAAUUCUGAUUUUUAGAACCUUAAUAUAA